AUGACUAGCCAGGUAGCAAAAGGAGAUCGUGUGUCAGGACGCAUCAAGGAUGCUAACCAGCGACGGGUGUUGGACGAAGCAACACGACGGCGUCGAGCUCGGAAAGCUCUUGAGGCACUUGAGCAAGACAACUACCAUGAUGAUCCUCAUGCUGAUCUUGUGAUGAGUAAGAAAGCACCGAAAUUCCAAGAAACAUUAGAAUCAAGAGGAAGAAAGAAAAAGACUAGAAGCGCUGAAUAUUACAAGCAAAGGUUCCGGAAGACACUAAUGCAGCUAGUGGAGGAGGACCGAGCCUACCACCCUGACCCACCAAACUACAUGUCUGCGCAGGCCAUGCCGUCCCAACUGCCCGAGCGACACUUCUGCGCGGUCUGCGGAUUCCCUAGCAACUACACUUGUAUACCUUGUGGAGCCAGAUACUGCUGUACUCGCUGUCUAGGCACACAUCUAGAUACCCGGUGCCUCAAGUGGACUGCUUAAAAAAACGUUUAAAAGACUCUUUUUCAAUAUAUUAGAUAUUUAAAUAGUUUUUUUU